CUGCUGUCGGACUUGGCUCAAGUUUGGACUUUUGCUUAAAUUCUUUUUUUUUUUGGUGCACCGAAGUGUAAUCCGUGCGAACUGGUGAAUGUUGUCUGUGCUGGUUCGCUCAAAGGAGUGAUCAUCGUCAUUUAGUCGGAUCAAGGCGGUCAAGCAGCCCCAUCAUCAUCAUCUUUGGCGCAAGUUAUUAUCAUCAUCAGCGGAGGCGACCAUAAACGGGAUACUGUAAUCAUGAUGUUGCUUCACCUGCUCCUCCUAUCCAUCGUCGUGGUAAGUGGCGUCCAAGGUGUCCUUUCACCACCUCCUGGAUACGAUGACGACACCUCCCCUCUACCACUUCGCUUGGAGGACCUGGAGCGGGAUCAGGAACAGCUCCAGCACCUGGAUCUCAAUCGACCGCCACUCCUGCCCAAUCACUACGAAUGGCGACCGGAUGUGGCCGCCAGUCUACCGCCCAGCUACAUUCAGGAUGCCGCUCAACGGGAGCGGGAACUCGAGCGGCUGCAGCGGUUGGAGGAGCUGCGUCAGCUGCAGCGGCAGCAUCAGCAGCUCAGUUCGGGCUACGCCUUUCCCGCCCACCUGCCGGGUUUGCUCUAUGUUGGACCCACGGCAGCCACGCCCACUCCCACGCCCUCGGCAGCCACGACCACAGUGUCCUCCUCUUCAGCACGAUUCACAAAGCCCAUAGUUCCCUACGAUUUGGACUUGGGCCCAAACGGUAUUCAAUAUGUGACCAAUAAUGCAUUGCCCCUGCCAGUGCCACGCCCCCUUGGAAGACCUCCUUUCAUCUAUGGAUUUACCCAGGGCAACAGACCCACCAGCAACCAUCUGGUAGUUCAACCCCUGGUGGUUCAGCAGUCCAAGCAGUUUGCCUACGCCCCUGCAUCGCCACCACAGCGACAUUAUGCUAAUGGACCUCGAGUUCCACUGCCAUAUCCCCCGAGUUUUGUGAGCAUUACUACUCGAAGGCCCGGAUCGGAGAGGUUCAGACCAUUCCGGCCAUCGCAGCCAGAUCCCACGCCCGACUUGUUUGCCGGACGUUCUUCGAAAUCGCUGCUAGACUCGUAUAUCCCCAGCUGGGAGGUUCUGCGCCUGAUCAGGGAACACAGUCCUUCUCCGCAGCAACAGGGAGGAUUCUCACCCAUCCAACGGCAGACGCUUGCUUAUCCAGCUCCGGCGCAUUUGCGACUCUAUAAGCGAGAUUCCCAGGAGAACCGAGGUGCCAGAAUCGUGAAGAAGUCGCUGGGACAGCCCGGCAAACUCAAAGAAAACUAA